CAUCCAACAUACGAGACUAUGGAUCAGAAGUUUCUGGUUCUCCUGGCCGCUCGCGGUCUGCUCGUCUGCCUCAGUCUUCCUCCUGUCUGCGGGGCGCAGGACGGUCUGCAGGAAGUGAUGGAGGAGGGUCUGGAGGAGGAGAUGGACGUUGAAGACGAGCUGGAUCUGGGUCUGGCUGCAGGAGAGGAAGAGGACGAGAUGAUGGAGGGAGACGCUCAGGAAGAAGCUCCAGCUGAGCCCAAAAACUCCUCCGAUUCCCAGGUGACCUACAAGGCUCCUGAGCCAAUGGGGGAACAUUUCAUCGCUGAGUCUUUUGACCGGGGGACGCUUGAUGGCUGGGUGAUGUCCAGCGCUAAGAAGGAGGAAGCAGAUGAAGACAUCGCAAAGUUUACAGGUAAAUGGGUGGUAGAGGAGAUGAAGGACAGCAAACUGGCCGGAGACAAAGGUCUGGUCCUGAAGACUCGAGCCAAACAUCACGCCAUCUCCGCCCAGCUGCUGAGACCCUUCGUGUUCGACAGCAAGCCGCUCAUCAUCCAGUACGAGGUGAACUUCCAGUCUGGGCUCGACUGCGGCGGCGCCUACGUGAAGCUGCUGACUCAGACCCCAGAUCUGGACCUGGACCAGUUCACGGAUAAGACUCCGUACACCAUCAUGUUCGGACCGGAUAAAUGUGGAGAGGACUUCAAGCUGCACUUCAUCUUCAGACACAAGAACCCCAAAACUGGAGAGUUUGAGGAGAAACACGCCAAGAAACCCACGCUGAACCUCAGGACCUACUUCACCGACAAGAAGACUCACCUGUACACACUGAUGCUGAACCCUGACAACAGCUUCGAGGUCCUGGUGGAUCAGACGGUGGUGAACAGCGGCAGCUUGCUGAGCGACAUGACGCCCGCCGUCAACCCUGCCGCUGAGAUCGAGGACCCGGACGACCAGAAACCAGAAGACUGGGACGAGAGGCCGAAGAUCCAAGACCCGGCCGCCGCCAAGCCCGAGGACUGGUGAGGGUCUUUCAAGGUCCCCUAUCCCCAACAUCCACU